AUGGAUGUUGGAGUUGGUGGAUGUAUGAGAUAUUUUGGUAUUCGAUCAUAUCUUGAUAAUUUUUAUGAUCGACAAGGUGAUAAUGAACGUGAAAGAGAUAUUCAACAUAGACAUAUAAAUCCGUAUAAUCGUCCAAGAUUUUCUAGUCGUUGGUGGAAAAUAAUUCUUUGGAUUGGUACAUUAUUAGUACUCUCUGGUUUAUUUCUACUUUUAAUUGGGUUUAUGCUUCCUCGAAAAAAUACAAAUGUUGAUGAACCAUCAUCGAGUAAUCCGGAAUUUAUUACUGUUGAUCGAGAUGCAAUUGCUUAUAAUUCAAAAUUAGAUAGAAGUCAUUCAAUAGGAAUAUGUUUAGUUGUAGCUGGAGGCAUCUUAUUUACUCUAUCACUUUUAUUGCCAACUUUUUGUCACAUGUGGUGUGCUAGUGGAGACGCAACUGAUGAAACAGAUCCUUUAAAAUUUCGAAUGGAAACAUCAAGUGGCAGUGAACAAACUAUUCCUGUACGUAGUGUACCGAAAUCAGUUCAACCAAAUUAUCGUAAAAAUGAAUCAAGAAUAACAACUGAUGGAAUGACACCUAUAACAUCACCUUAA